AUGGCGCCGAAGAAUAAGAAAUGCUCCAUAUGCGGCACGAAUGUGUCCCCGAAGUGGAAAACGCUCGAUCGAAGUUUGCUGUGCGAUGAUUGCUACGAUCUGCAAUGCAAUCCACCGUUGGAACCGAGGCAGGAACCGGAACCGGUACCCGGUCCGAGCGGUCUCGGGUACAGGACGGAAACGUUCCUGUCUUCCGUAUCGGUAGCGAGCAAUCCGGCCGACGAUGCCGUGUUUGCGAAACCAGCACUGUUACCCAAACCAAGCAAAGUUGUCAAACGUACCGAGACGCCACCGGUGCGCAAUGCACUGAAGAAACCGGUCCGCAGCAAACCAAGAAAGGUCGGCAUGAAGCUUAAAUUUACCGACGAAACAACUCGCCCCAGAUCGGUUCCAAAAUUGUUUCACGAUAACUUUUGGUAUGAGGUUGGUGACAUUGUGUCACUAGUCGAUGUGGAGGACAACACAUACUACGCCCAAAUUCGUGGUCUCGUUGUGGAUGUUUUUAAUGAGAAAAGUGCCGUACUGACGUGGUUGGUCCCGACCGAUGCUAGCCCCCCACCGAACGAAGGCUUCGAUCCGGUCACCUACCACGUCGGACCGGACGAGGAUGAGCUGCGAGAUUUGGACCAGAUGCGGUUCGUGAUGCACGCACCGAACGGAUACUUCUUCAACCGUCAGCAUCCCUUCCCGCGGCCAAAUGUGUACGGGCCGGUGGAACGGGACGGCCGGUCGACUGAGGUGCCGGAGUACGAGUGGACAAACAUUUGUCACCUACACUACGGGGAACACUCGGCACGUUGAAAUUGUAAUUUUGGUCUUCCGGAAACGAAGCG